UGCCCAAGGGCAACGGCUUUACGCGUCACUGAAUGCGAUCGAGAGGCGCGUUUUUUUCAAGAAAACAUUGACGGAUCAUCGAAAAGAAUGGCGUAACUGAAACACCGUGUGGAGAGUUGCCGCCCACUGCGAACGCAAGUUUGAACACCAUUCUCGGAAUAGUGACGUCUACACAGAGAAAGCUAUGAGAUUGCUUCGUCUUCUUUUUACGUGUCUGUAUUUAGUUUAUUUUGUUACAAAACAAAUGUCUUUCGCCUCAAAAACUUCCAAAUCUACCCCACUAAAGACUUAGCAACAGCCCCACACCCGCGUUUUUCUUUCUUUCUUUCUUUCUUUCUUUCUUUCUUUCUUUCUUUCUUUCUUUCUUUCUUUUUUUCUUUCUCUUGUCGCAAGUUUACAGGUGCUUAACGUUAAGCAGGUUCAAAAGAAACGAAUAACAGUAGUUGAGCACACGACAUCCUAAGUAUAAUGGUAACUUUUCGAAAUAAAAACCCUGCCAAGUGCUCCAAUCGCGCUAUUCUGAGCUCCUGGAGCAGCUGGUUGACUUGGAACACAGUAUCGCCAGCCCAGUUGGAGACAUGAAAACUUUCAUCGUUGUCUGCCUUCUGUCGGCAGCCAUUUUGGCAAGUGCACGAAGGGAUCAACGUCUCGGAAGCAAUUUGGGAGCCAUAGGUAGACUCAACGGUGAGCUGCGGGCCGGUAUCGACCAAACUGGUCCCCAUGGAGGCCCGGGUUACACCGCCAGCAUUGGAACGAGCCUUGGCGCAAGGCUAGGGGGUCAAGCCAGUUGGGGAGCAGGCAGCGACUACGACGGCAAUGGCUUCUACUUUGGCGGAGGAGGCGCAGGUUAUCCUGAAGUCCACGCACCUUCAUGGGGUGGUCCUUACGGAUCUUCGCCAAACGGUGUAUACUUUGGCCGAGUAGACGCAGGUCAUCCUGGAGCCCACGCAUCUUCAUGGGGUGGCGCUCACGGAGCUUCGCCAAACGGUGUAUACUUUGGCCGAGUAGACGCAGGUCAUCCUGGAGCCCACGCAUCUUCAUGGGGUGGCGCUUACGGAGCUUCGCCAAACGGUGUAUAUUGGCCGCACGGAGCGUCCUAUGGCGGUGGACACUAUGGCGUCAACUCGCAUGGCCACUACGGUUCGUACGGUGCGUACAGUCCGUACGGCGGACAUGGCCAAUACUCUCCGUACGGUGGCUAUGCCACUUAUGGAUAUCCCGCUGGAUAUGGCGCCUCUCGCGGCUGGGGCACCCGCUCGUUUGGCGUAGCACCCGAAGCCGCUGUACCAAGGUCUUCUGGUGCCCUUGCUGCCGGACCGACCAGUGCAUCUAGCAGCUCAUCCGGUGCUGCACCCGCUGGUUCACCGUAAAGCGCAGCCAGCAAGCUGGCGGAAGGGCAUCAAAAUUUUAUCCUAAGCACCCACAAAUUCUGCAAGAGAUCGAAGACUAUGGACAAACAACACCGAAGAUUCACUGGAAUAAUUUAGUGCUAUAAAUUUACAGACCGGCCUAUCUGGUUGAGAAUGCUCUCUGAAAGCUAAUUGCGAUAAAUACUUACUAUGAAGCAAAUAAAGAAAGACAUUACACCUGUUUUA